AUUUUUUUGCAGUCACUUGUUCAAGCUCAAAGGCACAAUAGAUGCUCCGAUUAUCAAUCAUAUAAAGACUUGUUUAAUGCUAUUGAGAGUAACCCAUGCUUACCUGACUCUGAAGUUUGGCACCUAUUAAACGGCAUAACUUAUACUAGUUGCAAACAUUAUGCGGCACAGAGACUGUAUGGCAAAUAUCAGCACUUUGACGUUAGCCAGUGUGGAUGUACAGGACAUUAUUCGAGCUGGCAUUUCCAAUUCUCCUCAAGUGAUCAUUGUGAAAGUCAUUUUCAAAAACUCCUUGACCAUUAUGGAAAAGCACAUCAGCAUCCUUGUCAGACUCAUCAUUUCUUAUGGAAAGAUCUGCAGCUGAUACCGACUGACAGAAAUGGUCAAUACGAUCACGCUUGUAUAAAUGAUUUGACAAAAACAUUAGAUAGUACUAUGCGUGCAUCACGUAGUAAUUGUCAUUGCGUGGAAACUGGACAUCAUGGACAAUCUGGACAACAAACAGAUCAACCAACUACAAGCGCUCCAGUGUCGACUAUGUUUAAUAUCAAACAAGUAUACGAUGGCUGUAACAAUCACAAUGCGAACGGAAAAAUAACAGAAUUGUUAAAUGGCAUUAACAGUAGUCCAUGCAUGCCAGAUACUCAAGUCUGGGACUUGAUAUUCAACAUUCGAAGGCCGGAAUGCAGGCAUGUGGCAGCACAAAUAGUUAAUGACAAAUUUCACAAAUUUAAUAGAGACCAAUGCGAAUGCAGUGGUUCAUACACCCACUGGCCCUUACGAUCUUACAAGUAUCAGUCAGAUCAUUGUGAAAGACACUUUGGUAGUCUUCUAGCGCAUUAUACAAACUGGAACCAACAUUGUCAUACACAUCUAUUUGUAUGGAAUAACUUACGCCAGAUUCCAACUGAUCAUCAGGGUCAAUAUAACUAUUUGUGUAUUUAUCGUUUAGCGGAAGAAAUAAAAAAUGCAAUGCAUUCUUCAGUAAAUACAUGUCAAUGCUGGAAAAAGAACAUUGUUACCAUUGACACAACAGUUCCAAUCACUACCACUCAGACAACUCCAGUUCCAACAACAAUAGCCCAGACUAUAGCAGCUAGCUGCGAUCCUGUGAAAACGUUGACUGGUGUUGCUCACAAUACGGUAGUUGGACAGACCUCUAAAUGCCAAGAUGGCAUUCAUAGUCCAGCAAUUUACUUUGUUCAGUCUGCUUGCAACUUAGCCUAUCGUUUGACAGAUUUAUCACCAGGUCAAAAGAUGAAAGAUGCGUGUCAGAAUCUCCCACACUACACUGGAGUAGCUCGUUUUGUUGGCAAACUUUUAGACACUAGCCAGACCAACAGCGAUGCUGGAAUAUUUAUUGGAUGUGGACCAGACCACUUCAAAGUUGUUACAGAAAAUUGCACCACUAACCUACACGUAGAGCACAUUCUAUUUACCGACCCUAAAGCAGACAGUUACUAUGUAAUUAAUCAUCCAUAAAAUCUGAUAUAUAAAUUGAAGAAAUAAAUGGCAAAGAUGGGAAA